CCACAGCCAACACAACAUUACCGGACCUGUUGCUACUGGCUCCUUUUACCCUAAACUGCUACAAUAGCUCCCCUAUAUUUUUGGAACGUAGUACAUUGUCCGUACGCCGAUGCUAUCUUACCUUGUUACCAAGAUAAGCGUUUUUAUCGUCGUUAUUGGUCGAUUUGUCACCAACGCCGAUGACGCAGCCCUUUUAUUGUAAAGACCCCCCCUGUAGGACCUGAUGUAAACACAGACCGACAAUUCAGGCCUACGUUUGUUACGUGUGAGGGAACAAGGACAUUUCUGAGUUCUCAAUCGGAAGUCAUGUUCACAAACUUCGGGUUACAGUUGGGGCGUGUAUAAAGAAAGGACAUUCAUACUAAGCCGGGAAAACUUCACAGAGAAAGUGCGUGGGUCGGGUAUAGGGUGUGCCACCCGGACCAACUGAGAGAGAACAAUCCUUCUCAAGAAAUGGGUGAAGAAAACACCACACUUGGAACGUCGAAUACAUCAUUGCUACUAGACAGCUUCAUGGAUAACGCUUCGGUCUCCAAUGGCUCGGUUUUCACCCAGAACGAUUUUGUGUUCGCCUACGCGCUUAUACCUCUCAGCACCAUCAUCAUCGUGGGGAACAUUAUGGUGCUGAUCUCGGCUGUAGCCAUGACCAAGUUCCGUAACCACGUCGGCUACUUCUUCAUAGCCAACCUGGCAAUAGCUGACCUCCUGUUGGGCGUGGUCAGUACUGUGUCCAUCUUUAACAUCUUUCUGCGCCACUCUGACGAGAACCUGGCCACGUGCAUCAUCCGGAUCGGGCUGGUGGUCAUGUCCUGCGCCGCCUCGGUCUUCACCAUCGCCUGUAUCGCCAUUGACCGCUGCAUCGCCGUCAACGUCGCUUUACGGUAUAAGGAAAUCGUAACGCCUACCCGGGCACUUAUUGGCAUCGCCAUGACGUGGGUGUUCGCUGUCCUGUACGGGUUCUUCCCUCUGACCAGCCUGAGGAGUAAAUACGACAACAAGUGUUCCUUCCUCGCCGUCCUGAGUAAGGAGUACACUCUGGCACUGUUCUUCGCCGGGUUUCUUCCGACUGUGGUCCUCAUCCUCGCUAUCUACACAUCGCUGUGUCUCGUCACUAGAAAACAAUUGCAGAAAAUCAACGCAUUAGACCAGUUCCGGCGAGGAAGCAGCCAGAGCACCACAGGCCAGCUUCGGUACCAAAGACUCAAGAGAAACCUGAAAGCCAUCAAAACUCUAGCCCUGGUCAUAGGAACUUUCUUCGUCUGCUGGCUGCCCUUCUUCAUCACCGCCUUGGUUCAAGUGUUCUGUGGGGACAAGUGUCACCUUCAAGACAUUGCCGGAACGUACCUAGUGUUGCUAGGAUUCUUAAACUCAGCCCUUAAUCCCGCAAUAUACGCCUACUUUAACCAGGACUUUAGAAAAAGCAUGAGGUCGCUCUGUUGCAAGAAUAGGGUCGAGCCGUCGGACCCGUUGUAUAAUUCCGCCGUGAAUCUACGGAGACAGUCGGCACUGAGCGCGAGAGAGCCCGGGGACUUCGCGGCAAUCGCACAGAGACCGAGACUGGACACGUGCCACUCAGUAAGCGCUGAGGUGGAUGCAAACAAGAACAAAUAAGGACUAUAUGUGGUAUUUCUAAGCAAAUUUGGCCGCUACAAUUUGCACAAGUACUGAUGCUAUUGUUUACUUACCUUGUUUCAGUCAAUUUGAUGUUCCCUAGGUCCGUAUACUAAAUCAUGCACUUACGAUGUAUACACUGGAUGGAAAAGGAAAGAAAAAAGUACAAUUCAGCAAUCGUGUGUAUGAAAUAACAAUGUUCAAAGCUAAAACUUUACAUCCAACACAAAGAACUUCUCUCACCGAGAGCUUUCGACCAGUCACCCUGGUCUUCCUCAUAUGAACUUCCAUGAUUAUAGUAAUGUUCUUGCAUGUGUAACAAAUGUGGUCAAAUAAUGGUGGCCUAAUGCAAGUAUCUUGUACGUCUGUACAGAACAUGAUCAGGUUGAUGCAUUUAGCCCAUGUUGGGCUUAAAUAUUCAUGCAAUAAAGUUCAGUGUCAUC